AUGUCCCCCUUUCAGUGUGUGUACGGCUUUCAACCUCCUCUUUUUCCUGCCCUAGAUAAGGAGGUAUCUGUCCCCUCUGCCUGGACCCUGGUGCGACGUUGUCGCCGGACCUGGGAGCGAGCCAGACAAGCCCUCCUCCGAGCUUCAGCCAGACACAAGACGGCGGCUGAUCGCAAAAGGUCUGAGGCCCCCAAGUAUCACUGUGGACACAAAGUUUGGCUAUCCACUAAAAACCUGCCUCUGCGUCUGGAUUCUAAGAAGCUCGCUCCCAGGUUCGUUGGUCCGUUUCCUAUUUCCAAAGUUAUUAAUCCUGUAACUGUCCAACUAAAACUACCCAGAACCAUGAGAGUCCAUCCUGCAUUCCACGUCAGUCAACUUAAACCCGCCAAAUCCAGCCCUCUGGUCCCCACCUCCAAGCCCCCUCCUCCCCCCCGUUUCGUUGAUGGAGAAAGAGUCUACACCGUCAAAAAGUUGCUAGCCGCCAGAAGAAGAGGCCGUGGCUAUCAGUAUCUGGUGGAUUGGGAGGGUUAUGGCCCUGAAGAGCGCUCCUGGGUCCCCGCUAGAGACAUCAUGGACCCAGAGCUCAUCAAAAACUUCCACAAUGAACAUCCUGAUGUUCCUGGGCCGUCUGGAGCCAGCCGUGGAGGGGGGGGUACUGUCACAUCUCCAGAUCACUCCUUCCUGCCCAUCCCUACCUGUUUCCCUGUGUCCUGAUCAUCCUCAUGUGUCUCACCUGUGUUGAUUGUCGAGUGACUGCACCUGGUGAUCCCCGGCUGAGUGUUCCCCUCCUCGUGUAUUUAGCUCAUUCACUCCCUGUCUGCUGUGCGAGAUCGUCUUGUUUCCUUUGUGUCCAAUUCCUUCGAGCCUUACUUCUGAUUGACCUUCGUGAUUUAUUUGACCCAGUUUCCCGUCCUAGUUUCCGAGUUAGCCUGCCGUUUUUUGUACCUCUGCCUGCUUGUUUUGACCUCCCGUGUAUCGAACCUUUUUCCUGAUUAAACGGACUUGAAAGUGCUUGA